AUGAUGUCAAUAUUACUAUUUCGAAUUGAAUUUUCUAAUAAAGAGUCAUGUUACUACGCUGGUGAAACUUUAACAGGCAAUGUUAUAGUCCAUCUUGGCUCUAGUCUUGAAUUAAAUGGAGUCAUGUUACGUAUCUAUGGUAGAGCAAAAUCUAGAGUUGAAAUCAAUAACGAUUAUUAUCACAGUAGCAGAAAAGCUGCGCAAAAUAAGCAAAGUGGGCAGCGAUUACAAUUACAACAUUGGUCAUCCAUUGCAAAAGAAGAAUUCGUUGAUGGCGCAAAAUAUAUCCAAGGCAAUGGUACUCCAUAUAUUUUAGAUUCUGGUCGAUAUAAAUUUCCUUUUCAUUUUCAACUACCCAAUGAAGAUUUACCCACAUCUUAUGAAGGAGACGAUCGAUGCUAUAUUCGAUAUUCGGUGACUGCUACCCUUGAUAUAACUAAUGGAAAAGAUUGUAGUAUUGUUCGAAUGUUUACCCUUUUGGCACCAAUUGAUGUAAAUGAUUCUAUUUUACAGAAACCUCAUCCUGCACAAGAAAGUGAGAAAGACAUAUGCUGCUGUUGCUGCCAGUCUGGGCCACUCUUUCUUCAUGCUAGUGCUGAUAGGAGCGGCUACUGCCCUGGCGAAGAAAUUUUAUUACAGAUUAAGAUUGAAAAUUACACUAAUAAAGCAAUGUCAGGUGUCGAAGUUUUAUUGAUCCAACAUCUCACUCUAAAGAUUGAAGGCAACGUUUCAACUCGUGAACAAACUUGUUCUAAAUUGUUUCUAGACACCUCAACUGGAAAGAAAGAGUCAGUAGUAUGGAAGGAUAAAAGGUUCAGAAUUCCCGUACUUCCUCCUACAAUUCAAUGCAAAAUUAUGGAGUUAAAUUAUAGCUUAACGGUAACCAUUUUAGACAGGAAUGGUCUGGAUUUGUCAGUUUAUAUUCCAAUCAUUAUUGGCACAAUUCCAUUAGAAAAACUAAAUGAGAAAACUUACAGUCGUAAAGGAUCUAUCAAUAGUUCCGAUGUACAAGUACAUACCAAUCAAGGUAGCAAAUUUUCAGAUUAUAUUGCAAUGCCCUGA